AUGAACCCUUUAGAUAACCCUAUAAUGACAGUAAAUAAAAUGAAGAGUGAGAACGAGAUGAACUUGAAGAUCACCUCCUUUGAAGACACUGCAGUUUUCUCAGUACAAAUUAUAGAUGUGAGUGGACAGGGCAGGCACGAAGACCUUCAGCUUAGCGCUGAAUUUGAAUUAGAAGGGUUUCUGAUGGUAAUGGUUGGGAAGAUCCUCUGGAGAAGGGAAGGGCUAUCCACUCCAGUAGUCUUGCCUGGAGAGUCCCAUGAAGAGAGGAGCCUGGCAGGCUACCGUCCAUGGGGUCGCAAAGAUUUGAACAUGGCUGAGCAACUAACACUUUCACUGAUGGGAAUGGAGGAUUUAAGAGCUGUGUACUCCAGAUGCUGUCCCACAAACCCUUUCCUUUGUUAA